GUAAUGCCGUGUUUAUUUUGAGAAGCCAGUACUAAAAAACAGCACGCAUUGCAAUUUGCCAAUAAUUCGCCUGAUUGAGAGACGCCGUAUUAACCCACGCACAGAUUAUGGAUCGGCCACAGAAAAUGCCCAAGGUGGCAAAGGUCAAGAAUAAAGCGCCGGCAGAGGUGCAAAUUACGGCAGAGCAGCUGCUGCGCGAGGCGAAGGAGCGUGACUUGGAGAUUCUGCCACCACCGCCGAAACAAAAGAUUUCCGAUCCCGCCGAAUUGGCCGAUUACCAGCAGAGGAAGCGCAAAACAUUCGAGGAUGAUUUGCGAAAGAACCGUAUGGUGGUCAGCAAUUGGAUCAAGUAUGCACAGUGGGAGGAGCAGCAGCAGGAGAUACAGCGGGCACGUUCCAUAUGGGAGCGGGCGUUGGACAAUGAGCAUCGCAAUGUGACGCUUUGGCUGAAAUAUGCCGAAAUGGAGAUGAAGAACAAGCAGGUGAAUCACGCCCGUAAUCUGUGGGAUCGGGCCGUGACCAUAAUGCCGCGAGUGAAUCAAUUCUGGUAUAAGUACACCUACAUGGAGGAGAUGCUGGAGAAUGUGGCCGGAGCACGUCAAGUGUUUGAGCGUUGGAUGGAAUGGCAGCCGGAGGAGCAAGCCUGGCAGACGUAUGUCAACUUCGAGCUGCGCUACAAGGAGACGGAUCGAGCACGCGAAAUAUACGAGAGAUUCGUGUACGUACAUCCCGAUGUGAAGAAUUGGAUCAAGUUUGCACGGUUCGAGGAGACGCACGGCUUUAUACAUGGCUCACGGCGUGUAUUUGAGCGGGCCGUGGAGUUCUUUGGCGAUGAUUACAUUGAGGAGCGUCUGUUCAUUGCGUUUGCCCGCUUCGAGGAGGGACAGAAGGAGCACGAUCGUGCCCGUAUCAUUUACAAAUAUGCACUGGAACAUCUGCCAAAGGAUCGCACACCCGAUCUGUUCAAGGCGUAUACAAUUCACGAGAAGAAGUACGGCGAUCGGGCUGGCAUCGAGGAUGUCAUCGUAUCGAAGCGAAAGCAUCAAUACGAACAGGAAGUGGCUGCCAAUCCGACCAACUACGAUGCCUGGUUCGAUUAUCUGCGUCUCAUCGAGGCCGAGGGCGACAAGGAGCUCAUUCGGGAGACCUAUGAGCGUGCCAUUGCAAAUGUGCCGCCGGCGAACGAGAAGAACUAUUGGCGUCGCUACAUUUACAUGUGGAUCAACUAUGCGCUAUACGAGGAACUCGAGGCCGAGGAUCUCGAGCGCACGCGACAGAUCUACAAGACCUGCCUGGAGCUCAUACCCCACAAGCAGUUCACCUUUAGCAAAUUGUGGCUGCUCUACGCUCAAUUCGAGUUGCGUUGCAAGCAACUUCAGGUGGCACGCAAAACUCUCGGCAUGGCCAUUGGCAUGUGUCCGCGGGACAAACUCUUUCGGGGCUACAUCGAUCUGGAGAUUCAAUUGCGUGAGUUCGAACGCUGCCGUCUGCUCUACGAGAAGUUUCUCGAAUUCGGACCGGAGAAUUGUGUGACAUGGAUGAAGUUUGCCGAGCUGGAAAACCUUUUGGGUGAUACGGAGCGGGCCAGGGCAAUCUUUGAGCUGGCCGUGCAGCAGCCGCGUCUCGACAUGCCCGAGCUGUUGUGGAAGGCCUACAUUGACUUUGAGGUGGCACUGGGCGAAACGGAGCUGGCCCGUCAGCUCUACGAACGUUUGCUGGAGCGCACACAGCAUGUCAAGGUGUGGAUGUCGUUUGCCAAGUUCGAGAUGAGCAUCAGUCAUGGCCAAGGACAAGGGCAAGAUGAUGUCCAGGGAGAUGACGAUUUGAAUGCACGCCUUGCACGUCGCAUCUAUGAGCGUGCCAAUGAGAUGAUGCGUCAGCUGAACGACAAGGAGUCCCGUGUCCUGCUCCUCGAGGCGUGGCGUGACUUUGAGCGCGACGUCAACGAUGCGACAUCAUUGCAAAAGGUCCUGGACAAGAUGCCACGGCGCAUUAAGCGGCGACAGAAGAUUGUCUCCGAGGAUGGCGUCGAGGAGGGUUGGGAGGAGAUCUUCGAUUACAUCUUUCCCGAGGAUGAAAUGGCCAGACCCAAUCUCAAGCUCCUCGCUGCUGCCAAAAUGUGGAAGAAGCAAAAGGACGUGGAGGUGGACAACACAGCUGAGCCACAAAUUGAGGGAACAUCAACACCACCUGCUGCUCUCGACACAGACGAUAAUUAGGCAAUGGCAAUCCUCCUGCUCCAUCCAUCUUUUGUGUUCCCAACUCCCUUUAUAUCCCACAAUAGAAUAAAUAAUUCAAUAAUAUUUCGUAGCGCGCUGCGCGUUUUUUAUUCGUUUUUCUACUUAAGCAAGUUGUGGUGUAAGGAAACCU